CUUUGGACUUUGUUGACGUGUUCCAAGUUUCCAAAAGUCAGUUAGUUCAUGGUUUCUGCUUUGCCGGAUGGCGUGUCGCUAACUUCAACGCAGUCCUCGCCUCAGGCCCCACCUACCUAUCCUCACGAUGGACUGGAUGGAAGGAUUUCUACUUCUGAUAUGUCUGGUAUUGGUGGCGGUCACGGUGGUGGUAAUCUUCGUCAUCAGCCGCAGUCAAGCCUUGGCCGACGUGCCCGUUUACGAAGGUGAAAAUGUCUAUCUGGACCCGAAAGCUGGCGAAUGGCACCGAUUUGACGAUAUACCCUGUGCCCUCAUUGUUCCGGGAACCAUCGAUCUGUCCGUCAUUGUACCCGCUUACAACGAGGAGAACCGUCUCAAUGCCAUGAUGGACGAAGCCACGCAAUACCUGGAUGCCCGGCAGAAGGCGCAAAAGUCGUUCCAACCUUGGGUCGCAAAUGGUCCAGCAAGCUCGGUCCGGACAAGGUCCGAGUACUGACCUUGGCCAGGAACCGGGGCAAAGGCGGGGCCGUUCGUAUGGGCAUGUUUCGUUGUCGGGGUCGGCGAUGUCUGUUCGCAGAUGCCGAUGGAGCCACGCAGUUCAGCGAGCUUGAGAAGCUGGAGUCCAAGUUGAGCGCCAUCCAGAGCGCCCACGAGGGCGAUGGUAUCGUUUGCGGGUCGAGAGCGCACAUGGAGAAGGACUCAAUCGCGACGCGGUCCUUGUUCCGAACGGUAUUAAUGCACGGGUUCCACGUGUGCGUGUGGUUCUUUGGCUGUCAGUCCAUCAAGGACACGCAAUGCGGCUUCAAGCUGAUGACCCGCAGUACGGCUUGUGAUCUGUUCCGCUCGCUGCACAUCGAGCGAUGGGCUUUUGACGUGGAGUUGCUCAAGAUUGCCGAGAUGUUGAAGAUUCCCACGGCAGAGGUCCCGGUGAGAUGGACCGAGAUUGACGGGUCCAAGUUGGAUCCCAUUUCGGCUUCGGUGCAAAUGUUUUACGAUUUGUUUGCCUUGUGGCUUCGGUAUCGAUUGGGAGCUUGGAAAAUCGCCAAGAGGCACACCAAGUGAUUGGGGAAAACGGUUGUGAGCACAUUACCAGACGGUGACGAAUCUUGGUUUUUUUUUUAAAGAGUUCCCCAUGGACUUUGAAUGAGAAAUGAGGCCUUUAGAUAUUUUGAAAGCGAAUUCUGACAAAGUCUGAUGGCUUAGAGCUCUGAAUUAUCGCAUUUGGCACAACCCUUGAAAGUCACAAUGAAUCGUAUUUUGUUAUGGUGCGGUUUUGUAUUUAUCACGUUUGUUAUUCAGAAAUAAAGACAAAUUAAUAAAGGUU